CUUCGACGCUAUCGAUAGGUAUCGAUUAGACUUUUUUCUCCACCUCUAGCACCACAUGUGUGUUGUUGCUUGGGCAUCAAAAUUUGUCAAUUUCAGACUUUCCGCAUAACUGUUUGCUGUGGAGAAGAUAAGGAACCAGAAGAACCGGUACUACGCCGAGACAGGACUCAGGAUAAUAUCAAAGGUUUCCACGGACACGAAAAGGAAUCCACAUAGCUAACAAAAUGCCCAACGACACUGUGGUAAAGGUGCAGGAGUACAAGGACACGUUGAUCCUCAAGGCAGAGAUGCUGAUCACCAAGGGGUUCCCGGAGAAUAUUGUCCGGCUGAACGAGCUGCUGGCCACGCCAAUCUUCAACGAGCGCAACUUCGAAGAGGUGCACCAGGACCUCAACAUCCCGGUCUUGCCGCCACUUCUGGUUAAGAACGAGUUGGAGGAUCCCGAGUGUCCGCCCAACAAGCGUCAGCGCGUGGAUGUCAUCGUCUCCGGGCAGCCUGUCAUGGGACUGCCCGCCGGUACAGUGCCGUGCAACAAGCCGCUCUGCGAGAUGAUCAAGGUCGUCAAGCCUAUCAUCAGGAAGCUUGUGGAGGAUUCCAAUCUACUUAAGAUGUGGAUCUCUUUUAUGAUACCCAAGAUCGAGGAUGGCAACAACUUUGGCGUGUCCAUUCAAGAGGACACGCUGGCCGAAAUUCAAACUGUGGAAUCCGAGGCGGCCGCCUUUUUUGACCAGAUAUCGCGCUACUUCCUGUCGCGUGCCAAGGUGGUGUCCAAAGUGGCCAAGUAUCCGCACAUUGAUGAUUAUCGGCGCGCAGUCGUCGAGCUUGACGAGAAGGAGUACCUCAGUUUGUGGCUGGUCGUUUGCGAGGUCCGCAAUCGCUACUCCUCGCUACACGACAUCGUUAUUAAGAACCUCGAGAAGCUAAAGAAGCCGCGCUCCUCCAAUACAGAAAGCCUGUAUUAGGCUAGGUAUUUCCAAAGCCCGAGCUUCUACUUUUUUUUUCCUUUCCAUCAUCCUACUUCUUGAUCAAUAAUCAGCCCGUAGAGCGGACGUUCGACAGUGUCACUACUCAAAAAGCUAAGAUUUUCCACUUCGGUUUACAAACAUCAAAAUUCAUUCAGUUGAAGAGCAGUUAUUAAGCAAUAGCUGUAGCCUAACUACUAUAAACUAUUAAUCCAUUUGUACUACGUCUAGAAUGUAAUGUCGAGAUUAGCGUACAAUACAAGAAACCGAUGCUGUAUAGAUUCCACUAAUAGCUAUAGCUAUGCAUAAAAAGAAUAGGCGGACUCCAUUGACACAUUUUUUCAACAUUUCCUAAUGUAUAUUAUUAGAACGGGCGCCCCUCAUACGGAAAAUGUCCUUAAAAAUGUGUGAAAAAUAAAUCUUUAUGAGUGAUUCGCCCCGUAUAGGUAA